CAGGCCGUUACAUUCCAACGAACAUCUCAUCUCCUCCAACGCAGCUUUCUCCAUCUUUGCUCCUUGCGAAUUGAAGCACACAUUCGCACCAUUCAACUCCUCCUUCUUCCUCCUAUCUACAGACCUCAACUUCCUUCGCAAUCGACCCUACAGUUUCCAUCUUCGGCGCAAUCUACCUUCGCGGAUGGUAGGAUUUUAACCUCCGCCUUUAGCUUCGUCGUCGCCAGCAGCAUGGACGAAAACUCCGAUUUGAGGCCUAUCUUCUCCGUUGUCCUCGCUGGCCGCCCCUCCCAUGGACGAAGACUCCGAUUUGAGGUCGAAAGUUCUGGAUCCGCCUUCCUCAAUGGGCGACGACUCUGUUUUGGGCCUGUCGGUGCUGGAUCUGCCAUCUUGAAGGACGAUGACUCUGAUUUGGGGCCGCCACCGCGGGCGGAGGUGCGGUUGUUGUAUUCUGUUCUUCCCGCUUCCUCAAAUGAAGAAAGAAAGCUUGAAUCUGCAUGUUUCUCGUCCUCUGUACAGGCCUGCUCGCUUCCUCCAUUCCAGAUCUACGGUGAUGUGCCGAUGUUGCAGCGUCUAGGGAGUGGCGGGGCAUUGAUGGUCCAGGGAUUUGGGUGACAGGGGUAGGGGAGAUGAGAUUGGGGCUAGAGAGAUGGGGUGGGGAGCUGGCGGCAGAGCUGGGCACUGGGGAGGGGGAGGUGGUUGUGGGCUAGGAGGUGGCUGGGGGCUGGGGAGUCAACCCGGGGCCAGGGUGGUGGUGGCUCGAUGAUGGGCGGAAACAGCGGUAGGGUGGUGCUGUUUCACUGUGGUGGUGAAGGCGUGACUAUAAUGGGCAGGGACAAGGGUGUGAGGGUUGCGGCGGACUAGUCGGGGCGGCGAGGGCAAUCACUGACCGAACGAUGGCGGCAGUCACUGAUCGGCGACCGCCGUCACUGGACGGGGCAGCGACGACAGUCACUAGACAAGGCGGCAGGGACAAUCACAGGAUGGCGGCGGCGAACGCAGACAAGGCGGUGACGCAAGUCACUAGACGGGGCGGCAGCGGCAGUCACCCGAUUGGACGACAACGGCUGUCACUGAACGGGACGAUGGUGUUGGCGGUCACUAAUCGUGGCAGUCGCAAGACAGGGUGGUCACUAUUUGAAAAUUGAAAGUGACUGCCAGUCACUGCGUAUCAAUUCUUAAUUAUACGGCCAUGUGUAUUAGAAGGUCAUAUUAUUGGAAAUUUGUGUUUUAGCUCACUUUUUUAUCAAACCGUCUCUAAUUAGUAAUAACUGUAUAAAAAGGUCGCCACACAAACUUUAC